AUGAAGGAAAGGAUACUUCAUAUUUCAUACUUGUAAUCUUUCGGAUUGACUAUUAAUGCCAGCAUUAGAUACAUUUCCUGUGUAUUCCAAAUUCAGAAAAAAGAAAAGAACCCCUUCACUCUCAAGAAACUUCCCACCGACGCGACAUCCCUAUUCCUAUCUAUAAAAAACCUUGUCAUUCCUUUUCAAUACAUAUUUUUUUUUGGACAACAAAGCUAGGUCCAAUAUUUGCGCGUACGAGCUAGUCAUCAACAGACGGACAUCCUUCCUUGAGGAAGGCCCCUGUCGUAGCAAUUUAACCGAGAGUGUAUAGUUAAAAUUGCAUAUCUUGUUGAGCUCAUAUAUAAUACAUCUCGUCUAUUCCAUCUGGUACUUAUUAUAUAUGUAUUAAGUAAAAGUGAUGCUUAGAUCAAUUUUUAAGCAUCUCGACAGUUUUGUAUGAUAUGUCUUGCAUUAGCACAUGUACUGAAUAACGUUGUUCAUCGGAGUUCAUGCAUAUCUCCAAUUGUCCUAAUUUGUAUGCUAAUUAGGUACUUGAGAUGGGAAAUUGUGUGUUCAAAGGGUUUGGUUUUAGAGAAGUUGAUCAAGAAGAAGAAGAAAAGAAGAUGAUAAAAGUGGUCACAUCCAAUGGUGGAAUCAUGGAGUUAUAUGCACCCAUAACAGCCAACUGUAUCACCAAUGAAUUCCCAGGCCAUGCCAUAUAUCGUAGCCAUGACAUGUUCUCUCCACCACUUUUUCACAAUGAAGAACUUCAAGCUGGUGAAUCAUACUAUCUCCUCCCUCUAUUAAACCAUUAUAAUACUAAAUCCAAAGAAGAAGAAGAAGAAAAAAAAAGUGACAAUAUUAUUACUACUUGUAAUGGUAGUAAUAGUGGUAAUUUAUUACCUCAGGCAACACCUUAUAGGAUGUCAUGUGAUAAUCAGAAGGUGCUAAAGAGAUCAUCAGAAGCUGAGAUAUUUCCUACGUACAAUAGUACUGGAGUGUGGAAGGUGAAAUUACUAAUAAGCCCUCAACAAUUGUCUGAAAUUUUGUCACAUGAGGCACGUACAGAGGCACUAAUAGAGAGUGUUAGGACUGUAGCCAAGUGUGGUUCUGGGGCUUCUACGAUGAAUACGCCUGCUUCUUAUUCAGAUAAAUGGAGCUUUUCUAGUCCGGGACAGGUUUAAAGUGUCAUAUAUAUUGUGUUCACGUGAAUCCAGUAAUCUCAAGAAUAACCCGUCUUUAGCAGUAUAAUAAUAGGAAGGCAGCUAACCCCAUUUGGAUCUUCCUUUGGGGUAUUGUUAUUUAAUUUCUUUGCUAAUAAAUUUAUAUAACUUGUGCAAAUUAAGUAGUGAUGACGUACACUAACUAGCAAUAGCACCAACGCCUUCAUGUUCUGCUAAUAGUUUUAGAUGCAAAACUUUGUUUAAUUUUUACAUGUAUUAUUCAAUGUAGGGCAGUGAAUGCGGGGUGUAGUUUGGAGUGUGAUCAUUUCCCAUAC